AUGCGCAUGCGGUUGACAGUAAGCCUGAGGUCACCGGGUGCAUGCGUGUCAGGCCUAUGUGCGUGUCAACACAUAAGCUCGUCUGGAUACGACACGGCACGGCAUGAUGAGGCAUGGCACGGCAUGGCACAGGAAAAUUUCCUUUUCGCAGUGCGGUGGAUGCACGCCAUUGCUACUUCCUGGGCUUGGCUGGUUGCUGCACCUGGAGCGCCUGAACCCGAAUUAUGCAUUGCAGCGGCAUGCAGCAUUACGCCGCACAUGCUCACAGUUAAUACGUUGCUACAAAAGGAGGCCAAGGAGGCUCCGACGGGAUACAAGCUCCCAAUACUUUGUAAGGCCGAGCGGCCAAAUGCACGAAGUCAAGUGCUGGUGGUAUUGAGGGCUGCACCGAGCGCCACGCUUACAAUUCCGGCAACAGAAGUAGGUUUGCCGCGGCGUUUUACACCAGCGCCGCACGGCGAUGCGGGACCCCGCUUAGGAGCAGACCAUGGGGAGCCAGCGCCGAUACCUCCUUCCUCCGGAUUGGACUUCAUCGACUUGGUGGGCCUUGAUGAUUCAACCGUCUGGAACUGCCUCCAGGACGCGUUGACCUACCGUGUCCUAGUUGGGAAAUGCCCCGCGAAGGAGUUCUCGCGCAGCGCUGCGCACACAGACUCGUUCAACGUGAAACAGCUGAAGCUGUAUCGGGACAAUGUCACACGCAAUCUGGCACCGACUGUGGCACGAGGAUUCGCCAACGCAGCUCGCGCGGCGGGGCACACCAUUUCCACCACGUGCACUGCGACAGCUGUAGCAAAUGGGGCCCCGCAGCCUCCACAUCUCAAAGCAGCCACUGCCCCGCAGCAGCCACUGCUGCCGCUGCGGCAGCAGACGAAGUCAGGUGCACUUGCCGGGCCCCUGCUAAGCGGAGCUGACAGCAGUCGACCAAUAGAGGCGCGGUACUGCCAGGUACAGGCGUCCAAGCCGACGACAACGGCAGCCGGAUCAACCGCCAUGGCCAUCGCAACGGCCUCAGGUUAUGGUCAGGCACAGCGAGUCGUGCUGGCAGCCUCAGUGACCGUAGGCCACCAUGGCCAAGGUUGUGGCCCAAAGGCGGCGGCAAACAGUGAGACGGUACAGCCUCAAAAUCUGCAACAGACAUUACAGGCGCCGGCACGCAACGAGGCGGAGGCGUCGGGUAGGUUUGCGCAGGGCGUUCGCAUUUUGCGGCGGGAGGCUGUGGUGCCUGCUGCGGCAGUGCCGGCGGAAAUACCGCAGAUGCUGCAGUCAGCCGCGAUGGCGACAGCGAGCAGUGGCUUGCCAUUUCUCGAGAAGGGGGAACCGGGGGCGGUCAUGCCUGGGCGGCGCCGGGGAAGCCGGGGCGCGGGCCGGGGGCCGCUACUGGCAGCAGCUGGACGGCGAGGAAAUGGAAGUGCUGUGUGUACAGAACCGGCAUGGAUUUAGUACGAAGGUCGACUGGGGGAUGGACAAAACAGUAGGUGUGGCUUUCCGUCGGGCGGCGAUGGAGUAAAUGGCAAUGACGGGGUGAAAAAUGACGCUCGUUUAGGAGAUCGGAAUCUCGAAUUCCGAAUCUUCGUUGGUUUGUUGGUUGAUCCGUUGUGCUUGUUGGUUUGGUUUUUGGUGAUUUCGGUUUUUGAAUCUUUUUAAUACCGGGCACUUUUGAAUGAAACAGCCUGAAUGCUGUCCUUUGGUUUUCGGUGGCGAGAAUAAAGUGGUGUUUGUUUGCUUGCUUGCUGCUGCCGAUGAUGAUGAUGAUGAUGAUGAUGAUGAUGCUCUUAUCUUAAAUUAAGGUGAAGGGCACUGUUCCUCUGGCAGCCGCUAGUUAGUGUUCGUCAUGAAAUCUGUUGUCGUUGUGAUGAAGAGGCUUCCUUUCCGCCAUCAUGCAUCGUCAACACGUCGUAAAUGCACGCUGCUCUUUCGUCGUCCAUGACACAAAUGCAUGCUGAAGACCUUGCUAGGGACAUUUGCAUAACACUACUAGGGACUACCAUCGCAUGCUGCGUGAUUCUUGUUGUGCUGUAACUCGUCAUCUGUUGUUGAUGGGGUGUUGUUGUUGUUGUUGUUGUUGGCACUGGGGAGAAGUCUUUUCUCGGCAGUGGGCGCACGUCAUGUUUGGUGGAUUGUAGGAGAAUUAACAUGGUGCACACCUCAUCUCCGCGAUGGCGCAAGAAAAUCUUUGUCUAAUUACCUGUCUUGAGUCAGGGCUUGGCAUCAGCUCUAAAUGCUGUAUGUCGCCCUGAUUACCCCUGCUGAUGCUUCAAUCUUCGUAUCGCUAUCUGUCGUACCAGGUGGUAUGUCGUACUUUGCGCGUUGACACCGGAGUUGUGCAAUUUUCCAAGUCAGCCCGUAUCCAGGUGUGCAACGUUUUUUGCCAAUCAUGCUUUUGCUACUUCUGCGUCUGUUUUUAAUGUGUAGCACGUCGCGCUCUUAUUGUGUUGUGGCGCGGUGCGCGGUUGACAGUGCGCGGGGCAUGACUGCACCGUGGGGUGAGUUCGUAAAAUAUGAACCGUAGUGGAUAGGGCGAUCGAAUGGCAUCACGCGUGCAGCCCUUGCUCGUGUGUAGACGUUACGGAUCAGCUGUGAUGUACACCUGCACAUGCACCACGCGAUGUUUCUGUUGUAUACAGGAGGACAAGCAGAUGGUAAUCGACCCGGAUCUGAACCAUAUCUGUGUGUAACAGAUUGAGAACGUC